AUGUUUGAGGUGGUGGGGGUGCCGGGGCGGGGCCGAGCGGUGCGGGCUACCAAGGCCUUGGCCCGAGGGCAGACGGUGUUGUUGAAUCCUCCUCUUGCCUUUGUUUUGCGUCAUGAGGAGCGCGUGGCCCGUCGGUGUGAAGACUGCUUUGUGUCCGAAAAACCGGAGCAUCGCCUGGCCAAUUGCAGUCUCUGUCACACCGCCGCCUACUGCAGCAAGCCUUGCCAAACGCGCAACUGGAAGCGUGCACACAAACACGUCUGCAAGCUGUUGCAAACCCUGCCGGAGAACCCUCAACCACCCCACAUUAUCGAUGCGGCGGCAAUGACGGUCGCGACUUUGGUGGCUCUUGAGCGCCGCGCCAAGCUCGAGGACAAGGAGUCGGAGCAAGCCUCACCCGACCCUGGUAGUGCCGUGCGCCAACCUCGUUGUGCCGACUUUUGGGCCAUGGCCCAGCACACCCCCACCCUCAAUUCCGAGGAGCUGGACGACGUUUUGCAGUUGGUUGCGGUGACCCAAUGUCCAGGCAGCACCGACAAGCAGCGCGUCAUGGACGUUUUGCAGCGGGCCGACUGCAACAACUUUAGCAUUUGGGAUGAGCUGCUGCUGCCCCGCGGUGCUGGCGUUUAUCCAUGGGGCGCCAUCCUGAACCACAGCUGCGAGCCAAACUGCGUCAUGACAUACCGCGGACCUUUGCAUGCCCAAGCCGUCAAGGCACUUCGGGACAUUGCCGUCGGCGAGGAGCUGUGUCACAGCUACAUUGAUCUCUACGCCCCCACCGGCCAACGUCACAGCCAUUUGGGGGACCAGUAUGGUUUUGAAUGCGAUUGUGCUCUUUAUUUGGAUGGUGCUUUGGCUGAGCUAGAUGCCCUUCCCGAGGUCACGGCCGCUGAGAUGCGCCUUCCGGGCAAGAUGCUACAUGAGCUCGAAUGCGAGGCCGAGGAGCGCCAGCGUCUGUUGAGCUUGUAUCGGGCCGCCGAAACGCUGAAAGACUAUGCCUGGUCCACGCCCGAGGAAGAGCUUGUCUGCCUUUUGCAGGGCUACAACAUCCUGCGUCGUUUGGCGCAUCCAGCGAACAUCAGUUUGACAAGCAUCAUGACACGGCUACAGAACGUGGCCACAGAGUGCGGCCGGCUCGAAGACAUCGCCCUGCCCGUCGGUCAGCACCUGGCCCUGGCCUACGACCAUGUUUAUCCAGAGCACAAUCCUCUUUGUGGUUUGCAAUACUAUCGGCUUGGGGACGUGGCCAAUCUUGCACAAAAACAGGCCCUUGCCCUGCUUUGGCACCGCCGAGCCUACCAGGUGCUGCGCACCACGCACGAUGCUGAUCAUUGGCUCUUGACCCAGUUGCAAGAGACGUACGGCUUUUGA